CAUGCUCCCAUCUGUAUUCAUUCAGUGAGCUGGUGUGCAGCAUCAGAGCACCUAGCAAAAAUAGACUUGAUUCCUUUCAAACCAUUUAUUGGAGAUUUCAUUGAGAACACUCCACUGUUACAAGUUUGCAAACUUUUAGACUUUGUGUGAGCAGAAAAGUUGUUUGCAAGUUACUAAGGAUGAGUCGUGUGAGGUGUAUGCUGCCCUGUAUGGCAGCUCUGCUGUGUGUCAGGAUGGUCCUGGGCGCCCUUAUGGAGGAAGAGUUGGUGGCCCCUGUCAAGGUGGAAGAUGCCCAGGGGCUACCUGAGAGUGACAAAGUUGUGUAUCGCCUGGACGCUUUUGGGCAGAGUAUAACUCUUGAGUUAGAGCCAGACCCCAGUUUCCUGGCUCCGGACUUCAGCCUGCAGUAUGUUGGUAGCCCCAAAUCUAAUGGACUAGGUGAAGAGGCUGCAGAACCCAUGGGCGACCUAAGCAAAUGCUUCUACUCUGGUACUGUUAAUGGAGAUACUGCUUCCAGCGCUGCCCUGAGUCUAUGCAAUGGCAUCAGAGGGGCAUUUUACUUUAAUGGACAAGAGUACUUCAUACAGCCCAGCAACCAUACCCUAAGAGUGGAUGGCUCCAACCCUGCAAGCCCUCUGGCGCUCCAUCUGAUCCGCAAGCGCAGCCAUGCUAAAGCCAAGUGCGGAGUGACUGACACUGUCCCUCAACAGGGGCAAGCAGAGGAGCCUCCCCAGAAAGUCAUGACUCCCCCAGGAUCAGGAAGCACAAGGAAAAAAAGGUUUGUGUCCAGUCCUCGCUAUGUGGAAACCAUGCUUGUUGCUGACCAAUCAAUGGCUGAAUUCCAUGGAAGUAGCUUAAAACAUUAUCUUCUAACUCUGAUGGCUGUAGCUGCUAAGCUAUAUAAACAUCCCAGCAUCCGAAAUUCAAUCAGCCUGGUAGUUGUAAAAAUCCUUGUUAUCUAUGAUGAACAGAAGGGACCUGAUGUGACUUCUAACGCUGCCCUGACGUUGCGAAACUUCUGCAGCUGGCAGAAGCAGCAUAAUCCUCCCAGUGACCGGCAUGCAGAACAUUACGAUACAGCUGUCCUUUUUACAAGACAGGAUCUUUGCGGUGCCAAGACAUGUGAUACCCUUGGGAUGGCCGAUGUUGGAACAAUAUGUGACCCAACACGAAGUUGUUCUAUCAUUGAGGACGAUGGCUUGCAAGCAGCAUUUACCACAGCCCAUGAAUUAGGACACGUGUUUAAUAUGCCACAUGAUGAGGCAAGUCAAUGUUCAAGCUACAAUGCAGCAAAUCAAGAUUCUCAUAUGAUGGCUUCAAUGCUUUCAAAUUUGGAUCGCCAAGAACCCUGGUCUCUGUGCAGUGCUUAUAUGAUUACAUCAUUUUUGGACAAUGGGCAUGGAGAGUGUUUAUUGGACAAACCCCACAGACCAAUCCAACUCCCCUCAGAUCUCCCUGGAACAUUGUAUGAUGCCAAUAAACAGUGCCAAUUUACAUUUGGAGAUGAGUCCAGACAUUGUCCAGAUGCAGCCAGCACGUGUACGACCUUGUGGUGCACUGGUGUCUCUGGGGGACUGCUCGUGUGCCAAACUAAACACUUCCCUUGGGCAGAUGGAACCAGUUGUGGAGACGGCAAAUGGUGCAUUAAUGGAAAGUGCCUGAACAAGUCUGAUAAAAAACAUUAUGAGACUCUAGUUCAUGGAGGCUGGGGCUCCUGGGGCCAGUGGGGACAAUGCUCAAGAACCUGUGGUGGAGGCGUCCAAUAUUCUAUUCGAGAGUGUGACAGCCCUGUUCCACAAAAUGGUGGAAAAUACUGUGAAGGGAAACGGGUUCAGUAUCGGUCAUGCAACAUUGAGGACUGCCCAGAUAAUGAUGGAAAAACAUUCAGAGAAGAGCAGUGUGAAGCUCACAAUGACCUCUCCAAGUCUCCAUUUGGCAGUGGGCCUGCAGUAGAAUGGACGCCUAAGUUUGCAGGCGUGUCUCCCAAAGAUCGUUGCAAGCUUGUGUGCCGUGCUAAAGGCACUGGCUAUUUCUUCGUAUUAAGUCCUAAGGUAGUUGACGGCACAUCAUGCAGCCCUGAUUCGACCUCCAUCUGUGUCCAAGGUCAAUGUGUAAAAGCCGGUUGUGACCGCAUCGUUGGUUCCAGCAAGAAGUAUGACAAGUGUGGAAUUUGUGGUGGGAAUGGAUCCACUUGCAAGAAAGUUUCGGGCACCUUUAUUAAUGCGAGACCUGGUUAUCAUGAUGUUGUUACAAUUCCUGCGGGUGCAACGAAUAUUGAGGUUAAGCAACGCAAUAACAGAGGUUCAAGACAUGAUGGCAGUUUCUUGGCUAUCAAAGCAGCUGAUGGCUCUUACAUUCUCAAUGGCGAUUAUACAUUGUCAACCUUGGAACAAGAUAUUACUCAUAAUGGCAACAUACUGAGGUACAGUGGUUCCUCUGCUUCAUUAGAAAGGAUCCGUAGUUUUAAUCCUCUUAAAGAACCAAUAACCAUCCAAGUUCUUACAGUGGGCGAUUCACAUCGUCUGAAAAUUAAAUAUAUCUAUUUUGUGAAGAAACCAGCCCAGACGGAGAAGUCUAAUAAAAAGAAGGAGUCGUUUAAUGCAAUUAAAGAGACAAUUAUGUCAGAAUGGGUUAUUGGGGAAUGGGGAGAAUGUUCUAAGACUUGUGGUUUGGGCUGGCAGAGAAGACCUGUAGAAUGCAAAGAUAUACAAGGUCAGCCUUCAACAGACUGUGCUAAUGAACUCAAACCAGAUGACGUUCGGCCAUGUGCGGACACACCAUGUCCUCAGUGGCAGCUGGGAGAUUGGUCUUCCUGUUCUAAGACAUGUGGAAAGGGUUUCAAAAAGAGAUUUCUAAAAUGCGUUUCCUAUGAGGGUAAUAUUUUGCCUCAUGACAGCUGUGAUUCUCUAAAAAAGCCAAAACAUUUGAUAGAUUUUUGUACUAUGUCCAACUGUAGUUAGACAGCAUCUGACUUUCAAAAUGUUUUUUAGGCUCAUUCAGAUAAAAGCAAUGUGCUGUAGGCAUGAAGACAGGUCGAGUGUGUAUAUCACACAUGUAAGCCUAAGGAUGGAAAACUAUUGGAAGGGAACAGCACAAAUAUCUGCUAGUAGUUGUGCACCAUUCAGUGUAUUGUAGGUUUGAAAGAAUGGCAAAUUAGUCUCACCAAAUCGUUCACAUCUAGUUUCCCUGGAGCAUUAUUAGUUCUUUCCUUAGAUGUCUGUUACAAGUUAAGAAAAAGCGAAGAAGACAAAUAUAUGAUGGCCAAAGUACAUAUUAAGAUUACACCUCAGGCUUGUCUUGUCUUCUAGGAUACCAUUGUGAAGCAUGCAGAUGUCUUUGUUUGAACUCGUAUUUGGUCAGGGUAAACCUACCUCAGUUAGGAAGGGAAAAAACCGGGAGCAGAAAAGGAGCUAUAUUGAUUAAUGGCUGCUAUUGUAUCAGUAUAUUUUUUAUAGAAAUAUAAAGCCAUAUUCUCCCUCUUUGGACAGGCUAGGUAGACCAAGUACGCUCAAGCAAUACAAAAAUAUUCAGUUUAUAUUUGACAUGAUUUUCCUGUAAUCAGGCGAGAUUAUGUCUUAAACUCAGCUAAAGAAUAUAUUGCUCAAACUUUUGAGCUCUUCUGUCAUCCAUAAAAAUGGAAAUAAUGUUCCUAAAUGUUGGCUAUUAUUGAGUAUAUAGUAUAUUGUGUACAUAGAUAUCUAAACAUGUCCAAUACAAUAUGGAGAUAAAAUGGCAUACAGUUCUGAGGAUAGCAGGUUUAUCCACAGCUGUUCCAAAGCAGCCAUAUAUUGAGUGUCUGUUUUGGUUUAUAGCCUGAUUGAGAAUAUGACUUUAUUAUGUAAAUAGUAAAUAUACUUCAUAAGUAUUGUUUUUCUUCCCUUCUGUGAAAGGGUACAGUUUUUUCUGAAUACAUUUAAUGAACAUAUUUAUUUUUAUACAUUGUCUGAUUAUAUAUUAAGUUAUCGCUUUUUUUUGAAAAGUGCAUAUAACAGAGUAUUUAUGCAGUAUUAUAUGUCAUUAGAAAUAAUAAAACACUUUGAAAUAA